AUGGGUAAGCGCAAUCGUUGGGAUUCAGAAUCGGAUUCAGACGAUGAGCGUUUCUCGCGGCGCAACCAGAAAAUCUCCGCUCGCUCUAGAGUUUCCAUCAAGAACAAAGCCUCCUCUUCCAAUAACCACACUUUUUAUGCCUUCAAAACAUCUACAACUGAACCUAUUGCUGUGCUAGAUGACCCUCAUCGUCACAAUUUCUACCUUUUGGGCUGCCGCAGUGUUGACAGCUACGCCCGUAUUGGUAAAAUUGACGAAGGAACAUAUGGCGUUGUUUCCAAAGCACGUGACAAAAAAACUGGCGACAUUGUGGCUUUAAAGAAGGUUAAGAUGAGCGCUGAUGCUAGUCAAGAAGGAUUCCCUAUCACCGCAUUGCGCGAGACCAAUGUGUUAUUAGCUUUAGAUCACCCAAAUAUUGUUCAAGUACGAGAAAUGGUCGUAGGAUCGACUCCCGACAAAAUUUACAUGGUUAUGGAUUACGCAGAGAACGAUCUCAAGCACGUUAUGCAGAAUAAAAUGAAAGCUCCGUGGCUACAGUCUGAGGUCAAGUACCUGAUGCAGUCGAUACUGAGUGCGGUCGCGUACAUGCAUGACCGGUGGUACAUACACCGAGAUCUGAAGACCAGUAAUUUAUUAUAUGACGCACGUGGCGUGCUGAAAAUUUGUGACUUUGGACUAGCACGCAAGUACGGCUCACCGUUGAGAGCUUACACGCAAUUGGUGGUAACGCUGUGGUACCGCUCGCCGGAGUUACUGCUUGGAGCCAAGAAGUACUCAACAGCGGUGGAUAUGUGGGCAGUUGGAUGUAUCUUUGCCGAGAUACUGCUGAUGAAGCCGCUCUUUGCAGGACGUGGCGAAUUAGAUCAGACGAACCAGAUAUUCAAGUUGUUGGGCGCGCCAAACAAAGAGAAUUGGCCAGGAGUUGAUGAUGACGUACCUGAUGCGAGUGUAAGCGUGCAUGGCAAGUGGCCAAAACGCUCUCGACUGCGAGAAAAGUUUCCACUUGCUAAUACAAUUUCAGGCACCGGAUGUUCAUUAUCAAAGGCAGGUUUCGAUCUGUUGAGUCGAAUGCUCGCUCUUAGUCCUCGUCAACGAAUCUCAGCUAAAGACGCACUAGCUCAUGAGUAUUUUAGAGAAUCUCCUCCACCCAAGCAACAAGAGCUUAUGCCAACAUUUCCUAGCUAG